AUGCCGGAAUUCCAUUUAACGGACUCCAUCAUCACACAGCUCAACGCUCAAGAACCAUGGCCGGACAAUGUGAAACUGUUCCAACCUUACGAAGUGGAGCAAAUACUGCUGCCAGACAACGCCAGCUGCCUGGCUGUACAGGCGUUCUUGAAGAUGUGCAAUCUACCAUUUGAGGUGGAGAUGCGAUGGAAUGCAGAGUUCAUGUCACCUUCGGGGCGGGUCCCUUUCAUCAAAUGCGGGGCUUUUGUCGUGUCAGAAUUGGAGCCAAUAGUCCAGUUUGCUGCGAACAAGGGCGUGUCACUUUGUGGAAAACUGAGCACCGAGGAGAAGGCGGAAAUGAGAGCCUACAUGAGCUUGAUCACCAAUGUACUCGUUAACGCUGAGCUCUACAUAUCCUGGGUGGACAGCGAGACCUUUAACGCAGUGACCAAAGUGAGGAACUCCUCAGUGUACCCCUGGCCGCUAGGGUGGUUACAGACCAGAGCUAAGAGGAAUGCUGUCAUCAAACGGCUGAAGGCACUGCACUGGUAUGAAAAGACCAUCGACCAGGUUCUCGCUGAUGUGGAACAGUGCUGCAACUCGUUAAGUCAGCGGCUGGGUGACAAAGAUUACUUCUUCGGGAACUCCCCAACUCCUCUAGACGCCCUAAUGUUUGGACAUAUGAGAGCGAUCCUAAUGUCGUCAGGAGCCAGGGCAGGUCCUCUAAUCAAGCGCAUCACCAGCUCCUUACUAAGGCACUUGUUGAGAUGUAUCAAUGUAACUCAUAUGACUUUGACGACCCAGGAAGAGUACCUAGUGACCCAAGCCUUCCAAAUAACUCGACGACGACUCUCCCCUGAACGCACCGCGUCUGAACGAAGCACGAGAAUGAAACGCUCUCGUAUGAGCAUUCGGAAUGCAAGCAAAGAUACCAUUCAUUCCAAUAGCAAUAAGACGUUUUUGGUAAGACAUAUUUGUUUGUGUAAGGUCCAUUUUAGAUUGGUUUAG